CGGCGUAGGGUGGGGGGGCGGUCGCCAUGUCCGACUGGGACUCGAACCCCGAGGAAGAGGGGGCUGUGCCCCGCCGGCCGCGGGCCGCCGCUGCCGCCGGCCGACAGUGCCGCUCGCCGGGCACCUCUCCGCGGGGCCGCGCCCCCGCCGAGGCCGACGGGGGACGGAGGGGCUGCGGGCGGCGGGGGAGGGGCGCGGUCGGCCCCGCAGGGGAGGAGUGGGAGCCGCGAGGUGGUGACGGUUCCGGCGGCCCGGGGCGGGCGGCGCGGCAGUGGAGGCCACGAGCUGCCGUCAGCCGGGAUCGGGGCACCGAGGCGCCCCUGUGCUUCCACCUCGACAGCGCCCUGGUCGGGGCUCUCAUAGGUAGGGGCGGAACUAAAAUUAAAGAACUUGAGGAUUCUUCAGGUUCCAGGAUAAAGGUUACAAGAGGAACCUAUGGAGCCGAAGUAAAGAUUUUCGGCAGUCUUGAUGUGCAAAAGAAAGCCAAGAUGUUGAUUGACAAUGCUGUUACAAGUUCUGGCCAAAACAACAGAGCUUGGACUGAGAAAGGAAAAAUCUUAGACAUUUUCAAGCCUGAAAAUAACCCAAAGAAAUCGGUGAUUAACUGGGACUCUCUUCGAGAAAACAGAGCCAAAUAUGAAGCUAUGAAGUGGGCAGACUUGCCUCCAAUUGAGAAAAACUUCUAUAAAGAAUCACCAAGGACUGCAUCUAUGUCACAAGAAGAAGUGAAACUGUGGCGAAAAGAAAAUAAUAAUAUAACUUGUGAUGACUUAAAAGAAGGUGAAAAGCGCUGCAUUCCCAAUCCUGUUUGUAAAUUUGAAGAUGCAUUUGAGCAUUAUCCUGAUAUUAUGACUAAUAUAAGAAAAGUUGGUUUUCAAAAGCCUACACCAAUUCAGUCACAGGCAUGGCCGAUCAUACUGCAGGGAAUUGAUCUUAUUGGUAUAGCACAGACUGGUACUGGGAAGACAUUAGCAUACCUAAUGCCUGGAUUCGUUCACUUGACUUCACAACCAAUAUGCAAAGAUCAGCGUGAGGGGCCGGGAAUGUUGGUCCUUGCUCCCACUCGAGAAUUGGCACUUCAAGUGGAGGCAGAGUGUUCGAAGUAUGCAUACAAAGGAAUUAAAAGUAUUUGCAUAUAUGGCGGUGGGGACCGAAAGGGACAGAUAGACGUGGUUACCAAAGGUGUGGAUAUUGUUAUUGCUACUCCAGGCAGACUGAAUGAUCUUCAAAUGAACAACUUCAUAAAUUUGAAGACCAUAACAUACUUGGUUUUAGAUGAGGCUGACAGAAUGUUGGACAUGGGAUUUGAACCUCAGAUAAUGAAGAUCCUAAUAGAUGUGCGGCCUGACAGACAAACUGUUAUGACGAGUGCUACUUGGCCUGAUGGUGUUCGUCGCCUAGCAAAAUCCUACUUGAAAGAUCCAAUGAUUGUAUAUGUUGGCACUCUUGACUUAGCAGCAGUAAAUACAGUAGAACAAAGAGUUGUCAUUAUCGCCGAGGAGGAAAAGAGAGCUUUCAUGCAUGGCUUCAUUGAGUCUAUGAAGCCAAAAGAUAAGGUCAUCAUUUUUGUGGGAAAAAAGCUUACAGCUGAUGACUUAGCAAGCGACUUUGGUAUCCAAGGAAUUCCGGUACAGUCACUUCACGGUAACAGGGAACAGUGUGAUCGAGAACAGGCUUUAGAUGACUUCAAGAAAGGCAGAGUUAAAAUAUUGGUAGCUACUGACUUAGCAUCCCGUGGCCUUGAUGUGCAUGAUAUUACUCAUGUUUUUAACUUCGAUUUCCCUCGCAACAUUGAAGAAUAUGUUCACAGAGUAGGUCGUACUGGAAGAGCAGGACGCACUGGGGAGGCAGUAACGCUGGUCACGAAGAAUGAUUGGAAGUUUGCUUCUGAGCUGAUUGAAAUUCUGGAAAGAACAAACCAAGUAGUUCCUGACGAGCUUAUUGCAAUGGCAGAAAGGUACAAACAAUUUCAAACCAGAAAAGAAAAAGAUACACAAAGACCUUGGAGAAAGCUCUCAAAAUAACUGUAAUCCCUUGAAGCUACUGAAACAAAGUGAUUAUAGUUAAUGUUAGCAUCUAUAGGCUUGAAUUUAUAAGUUUCAUUUCUCAUUUGGUUGUUUUCUGUACCUGUCCAAUUUAAAUAAACCAUUUAAUUUGGUUUCGAGGAGGCUUUAGUUAAAUGCACUAUCGAUAUAUAAGAAUGUAAAAGAUAAUUUUUCCUUUUAUUUUCAGAGAACUGAAUUAGUCAUUGUAAGCCAUGUUUGUCAGUGUAGCUUCAAAAUACUAUACCUUUGCCUUGAUAUCUGCAUCUGCCACUGGCACAAAGAAGUAUUUCUGAGGAUAACUUAGUUAUUUGAAAACUGCUCUCUUUGUAGUAACUUAUGUUCGCUGAAGCAAGUUUUCUUUAAAACUUAAGAUUAAAAGUCAUUUUUGUUAAGACUUUCAAGGUGUUUUUAGAGGUCAGCAUUUUCUUCUGAUGGAGGAGAGCAUGACAAGAAGUCCAUGUUUGUGGUUAACUGGGAGGCAAACAGCUUCUACUCUUAUUUCCAUGGAUGUAAUAUUCUAACUGAAAGAAAACCAGAGUUUAGUAGAGCAAUGUUAACAAAGUCAUGGAGCAACAAAUACACUUGAAGGUCAGCUUUUAUUUCCUUCAGA